GACCGAGAAAGUACAUUUUAGUAGAGUUUGGAUUGCAUAUUGGCUACAAAUAAAUGCAAUAGCAAGUCAAGAUGAGAAGUUCGAGGUAUGUUGAAAAUGGACAUUUUACGAUGGAUUAAGAGGUCCAUAUGAUAAACUACUGAACACGAAGUGGACAAACGAAGCAGAAACUUAGGAUACAUUAUUUAAACGAAAGGGGCGUAGUUCUUGUAGUGGUAUUGGAUAUUGAUACACACUAUCUCUCCCUCUAUCCCUAGAGGGAAAUCCACGUCGUAGAGGCAUUGUAUUGCCUACCUAUACAGCCUAAAACAGCUAACACCCAAACGCAUAUUCAACAUCAUCAAAAUGGCGAAAGCAAAUAUACCAAAACUGAAACGACAGCAGUCGGAUCUCUUUAAACAUCGACCGGGGGAUAUAACGCUGAUCGUUUUGACCUUCUUGGCCUGGAUCGUCACAACUGUCAUCUGCUGCCUGGCGAACCCACUGCUUCCAAGAUUAACAGGACUCUUCAGCGAAAAUGCUAUGUUUGGUGUAUAUUAUUCCAAAGCAGAGCCACCUAUUUGGGUCCACUGGGCGCUAUGGGGCCUAACGUAUCUAUGGCAACUCAGCUGGUUAAUAUACGGGCUGACAACAAUCUCCAGAUACGGGACGCAUGGCUACCUUUACUUCUCGCCCGAGAUCAUCCCCUUCUCCGUAUACGCGCUGUUCAUCCUCUCCCAAAUUCUCCACACGGCUUGGAUCUUUCUCUGGGCACAAGGAUACUUCUCGUACGGUGUUAUAGCAGUUGCCCUCAUCGCUUUUGUGUUGUAUUGGUGCAUGUUCUUAGCGUUUACCAAUCUACGGAGAAUCCGGCGCCAGCUAGAUGAGUUCUUAUGUAGGAAGGAUAUUUUUCUGUCCAUCGCGUUUGCCCAUAAUGGGCUAGCAUUGUACGCAUCAAUGGCGUCUGUGGUGACAAUAUUUGGCUUCAUAGAUAUAUUAAUCUUAAGCUGGGGAUUGAAGGAAGACCCGGCAAUAACAGUAGGAUUCUUGGCCCUAUCGAUAGAACUGCUCAUAUGGUUCUUUUUGGACAUAUGUCUGUUUGACAGGUACAGUCGAUACACCGUCACGCCGUAUAUUGUCCCGCUUGUAUGGAUGGCUGGAAAUCUCGUUAAAAUUGCCCCUAUAGACGCAAAAAAUAUAUUGGAUAUAAAUGUUAUGUUCGCCGUUAUUCUCACCGGGGUGGCAUUCAUAUUGCUCAUAAUAAAGGUGAUUGUUCUGUACCGUGAACCGAUUUUCGAACGAACUGUGCCCCGUUCGCCCGAUAACCAGUAUAACGUUCCGCAAGAUAGGAUACGAACGGGCGCUGGAAAAGAUCCACUUGAGAUGACUGAGAAUAACGAUGAGGAUGAUACCGAGGAGUUUGCAUAUGUUAACAAAGGUGCAAUGGAGACUGACUUGGGCGAUGAACGUGAUAACAGCCCAGUUGUUACAAAUGAAGAUUACCAACCGGGUGAACUUGUGGACGAUGUUACAAUGGACUCAAACGCUGGCAUUGGCUCUUCAUCAGAUGAUGUUCAAGUAGUUACUUUAGAUACUGCGACAAGUGACCAUCGUUCUGCAUCAGCCGAUGUCCCCGUGGUUACAGUGAACGAAACUAACGCAGCAGACAGUGGUAGCCCCGGGGCUUCAAAUGGCGGCUAUAUUCCAGAUACUACAGAGCCUCCGGGACUUGCUGUCACAGAUGCUGUAGUAUCCGGGAAUAUUGCACCUGUAUCAAUAUAAGAAUGGAAAACACAUACAGCUAGGUGAAAACGAAUUGAUACCAUAACAUGUUUCUAAAAAUCUGAAAGCAAUGAAUAGAUGGUGCUUUAAUCAACGCAUAUACUAGCAUCAUUGAUUAUGUGCAAAUUGUUUGAAAAUAUGUAUAUCAUUUUUGUACUUUUAUAAGUAUAGGAUAAGUUAGUGGGGGUUAGAUAUUGGGGCAUCUUCGGGAAAAUACUAAUUAAAUAAUCCUUAUAUGAACGCUUCAUCAAUCUACUAUAGACGAUAGUCUUACAAGAUUAAGGAAAUAAAAAGUGAUAAAUGUUAAAUGUUGGAAUAAACAAAUGUUUGAAAAUAUGUAUAUCAAAUUCAUUUUGUACUUUUCUUAUUUUUCUAAGUGGGGGUUAGAUAUUGAG